UCGACACACUCGGGCUCUCUCGGCGGAUCCGCUCGGCAGUAUAUCGCGCGCCGCUAACGAAAGCGUCCGUGUCGAACGACUGUGAAUUAUAAAACUUGUUCAUUCGCAACUUGCAGAUAUCUGUGUUUAAUUUUAAUUCCCCCUGUAUUUUCGAAGUGUAAAUAUACAAACGGUGUAACGGUCUGACCGUGUGCACCUCGUCCUCGCAAAUGCGGGUUCUGAACAUUUGUGGCAAGAAAGAUAAACAUAGCACUUCGAAGCGGUUUAAGAGAGCGGCGCCGAGUCGGCGCCCACCUCCACACGGCUGCUGAUGACACAAUAAAUUGUGAUGCUGACACGAACAGGAUCCUAUAGGAAACUGCGUCCUAGAGGACGGCGAAGGACGUUGUAGCAAACUAACAACUAGUUCCAUAAGUGCAAGUGCCUAACCCAUUAUAAUGUUGACUAAUCGACGCAAUUUCAUCUUUAGAGUUAGUAUCGUUAUAAACAUCGCCGUAUUGCUGUAUGCGGCGAUGCAUUUGUCUGGCAGCAACCCGCCCGGUGUGGAAUGGGUGCCGAUUACGGUCGACGGUUCGGAGAGAAGUGCCGAAAUGCGAUUAGUGCGUGAUGAUGUGCGAAACGAUAGUGAAAUGAGAACGGCAGAGUCGAGCGUUAGGAGCUUCGAGGAGUCAACCUCUCAGAAAACGCCGUCUACUAUGCCAACUACGAAUAAGACUGCAUCAAGCACCGCAUCUAUAGCAGAUAUCGAGAAAACAAUGAAAAGUCAAGAUACGUCGUCAGACGCAGAUUUACCAAUCGAAACGUUACUGGAUAUUGUAGAUGAGAAUGCUUUAUCCGAUACAACGUUGGCGCGACUCCGGACGCUACUUUCUUGUAACGAUAAAGAUUUCCUUCCUGAAUACCUUCAGCGUGGUGAAUUCUGGGUAUUGAAGAACUACGUACGAGCAGACCACGGAACUAUUCUUUGUCAUGAAACUAUCACAUACACGACGCAUGCUGGUUUCGAGUUCCUAGAUAACGUUCUACCAUUAGUUGAACGAUGGAUGGCCCCAGUGAGCUUAGCUAUCCAUGCGCCGGGCGCCGAUCUAAUGCCUACAGUCAACAGCAUCAGGUACCUACGAGACUGUUCGGGGAACGAUCUCAUACGCCAAUUCGUCACUUUCCACGUCUUCUUCUCGAAUAAACAUAUACCUAGUAACAUUCCUAAUCCAAAUAGCUUUUUAACGACGGCAUACAAUUGCACCGUCCCAGCACCGUUUUCGAACGUCAACGUUUCAGCAACAUAUAAAAAGCAAAAGGGACUGUUGUAUCCAGUGAACGUCGCACGGAACAUCGCAAGAGAUGCAGCUUUGACACACUAUGUACUAGCCUCCGAUAUAGAGUUGUACCCAAGCCCCAACUUAGUUCCUCGUUUUUUGAACAUGAUCGCAAGAAAUGCCAAUCCUUUGAACAACUCUAUUAAUCCCAGGAUAUUUCCGAUAAGCAUAUUUGAAGUUGACGCCAAAGUUCAAGUGCCAUCUACUAAAACAGAACUUCAAGCCAUGUUGGCCAAUAAAACCGCUAUACCCUUCCACAAAUAUGUGUGUCCGGAUUGCCACAAUAUACCUGAAGGUCAACAUUGGAUGAAAGCAACAGAGACCUCCCAAAUGGACGUAUUCCACGUUGGUAAGAGGCAAAAAAAGUUUGUACAUUGGGAACCUAUAUUCAUAGGCACACAUCAGGAUCCACAUUACGACGAUAGACUUAGUUGGGAAGGCAAAAAAGACAAAAUGACCCAGGGUUACAUCCUCUGCGUCCAAAAUUAUGAUUUUAUGAUCUUGAAUAAUGCUUUCUUGACGCAUAAACCUGGCAUUAAACAUUAUGUAAAGGAUGCUAAAAGAGAUCAAAUUGCAGCUAAGCAAACCAGUUUUGUGAACAAAGUCAUCAUGCCGGAAAUAAAAAAAUUAUUUGGAACCAGACCAGGUUGUGCUCUGUGACGAAUACAUUGGACAAAGUAGAUAAAACUUGGAUAAAAGUUGGCACCAAAAUUAUGACGUUGAAAUGUCAUAAACUAGGUGAUCACUAAAAAAAAUAAACUUAUCAUAAACAAUAAAAUAAAUUUCAAAUGUUUUCUUUAAAAAAGUGUGACAUGUAACCGAUCCAAAAAAUACAGGGUGAACUAAAUAAUACGCCUCUUUAAAAAAGAAAUGUAUCAGUGUAAAAAAAAUACUGUUCUAAGCUAAUUUUAAUUAAGCGUAAUUUUCUAUUUAUAAAGACACUACAUACUGUACCUACCAUUGAACAUUAACCCCAUGGUUAUUGGACAUUAGUUUUAAAAAUCAUUACAAAUCCAUUCAAAGAUCUUAAGUACCUAUAUUUUGUUACUGUAACUAAAUAUACCGAAAUCAUAUUAAUAAAAUUAAUAGGUACCUAUAUUGAUGCAGUCCUAAAGUAAUGUACUUUUUUAAUUCAUUUAAAAAUACAAGUAGCAAUUUAUAACAAUUCCGAUAAUAUGAUUUAUCGCAAAUUUUAAUUAAUAAUUACGAUAAAAUCAUUAUUACUGCAUCGUAAAUAGGUUAUAAUCACUACAGUGUAACCUAUAUGCAUACGUAUCUACAUGUCUAAAUGAAAAAAGUGAUAAUUUAUUUAAUAACUAGUUUUUACCACGACUUCGUCCGCGUAACUAUGAUAUUUUAGAAAGAGACAAAAAGUAUAUCUAUGUCUUUCUCCAUCCCAAAUACUAUGUGAAUACAAAAUUUUUAUAAAGAUUGAUUGAGCCAUAUAGUGCCAUGAGGAGGACGCCAAUUUGAUGUCGUUGGCCUAAAAUUUUGUUGUAUCAACGCAUGGUAUUAUACUAUAAUGAAAGCUCAAGGAAAAUAUACCAAAUACUUAUUCUAAACUAAAAAGUGUUUGACGAAGAUUACGAAUCUUGUCAUAGGGGCCUUAACACAUAUACAUUUUCAAAGUGUAGAAAAGUAAAAUACCUAGUUGUUUUACAAUUAGCCUGUUACCCAUAUAAAUAGAACAUACAUAUAUUUAUAAAACAAAGAAAAUAAAUGAUCUUAGAUUAAAACAAGAGGACCUUUUGAUUCAGUCUAAGAUUUAAUCAUAUAUUUUCUAUAGUGAUCGGUCCAGAAAAAGUAUUUUGUGAAAUAUUUAAUGUAAUAUGUAUGAUCCUUUAAAAAUUACUAUAGAAAGUAUAUCUGAAUAAUAACGUUUCUGAAACUUAUUAUUAUAUUUUAUAAAUAUAUGUGGUACGGGCUUAACCUACGGCCUAUAUUUACAUAUCUUUUAUAAUAAUCAACAUUUUGUAUUUAUAUUUAUAUUUCUUCUUGUCUUCUUUAAAUGUAAAUAUAUUUUUAAUCAUAAGGUAACGUUGAACUCAAAUGUAAGACGAUACUUGAUAAGUUAUAUACCUUUCAAAAUCUUUAUUUUUUUAUGUGAUUAGCGAAUAAAUAAGCUUUCUAAGUUUUAUAUUAGACGCUAACAUAACUGUAGCGUGUACUAGUAAUAUGUACUCGUACUAUAACUAUGCUAUAUAAUAGUAGUAUAGACUUCUUAUAUACAUAGUCAAACAAUUCUACUCAAAUAGUUUUUUUUUUUUUUUUAUAAUAAUUUCGCCUAUAAAAUAGCUUUCAUUACGUAUGAUAUUCUAACAGAAUAAAUAAAUGGAAAAUGUUUCAAUUUUAAACAAAUUAUUGAUUUUUUACGUCCAAAAAAGGAAAAAUUAUGCAUCAUAAAAUUAUGGUUAGAAAUAUUACGUUUAUUUUUAUUAGAAAACAGGCCUAAAGUUAUUAAAAUUUUAUAUAUUUGCUGACGCAAAUAUAAUUAUUGUAAUCUAAUAAGUGUUCUAUAAAUAUGUGGUAAAAUUUUGGCUAGUCUCAGCUUAUUAUUAUUAACGGUAUAAUUAGUCUAAGAACAGCGAGACAUAUCAACGUAAUACGUAUAAUAUUGGAAUUCCUUGUAAGCAUUUUUAAUAUAUGUUUUGUGCCUCUAUAUACCCCUUAAGUAACUGCUAUGUAUUUAUUUAUGUGAUGUAUACUGUUAACCAAGUUUUUAAACUACUUUGAAAGAAAACUUAGAUAUAAAUAUUAAAGGCAAAAUGAAAAGCGCACAAGUAUAUGAAAAUUCAAUUAAGUAAACAGAAGAUGAGCUUUUUUGUCUUCAGAUAAUACAGACAAUUACAAAUAAUGGUACCUUCUGGAGUCAGAUAUAACUUUUUUCUUAAAUGUUCCUUUUCUAGAUAAAAUUUACGAUUCCUUUCAAUAUAUGUGCCGCUAAAAUAUUUAAUAAACAAUUUUUCGUCACUACUCAAAUAACAAUGUGACAGUCACUAUCAACGAUACAAAGUAAUUACUAACUUUGUAUCUCAUGAAAUUGUCUACAAAAACAUAUCUUAUAUUACUUUUCUAAUGAUUUACAUAAUAGUUCGCCUAGCAAUGUAUUCCUUCUUUAUCUGUAUGUAUUCUCUUAUAAUUAAUUAUACAUAGUGAAAUCGUGUAUGGUCUAAUCUUCAGAUGCUUAGAGCUCCGUAAGUUUAGGUAUGUCACUUAGUACACAUUUGCAAUAUUUUUUAUCUGUAUUCUGUUUAAAACUUUAUUUGUCCUCGGAUUUAAAUCUAUCUAGACUAAUCAGUAUGGAUAGAUUUAUAUCCGAAUAUGAUUCUAGGUUACAUCCAAUGUAACCUUAAAUUUUGCAUAUAAAUAAAGGAAUUUAUGCAAAAGUAAAGAAAACAUAACGUAUGUUUUCUUUACUUUUGCAUAAAUAUUAUUAUUUAUUCAUAUAAUAAACGCAAACGUGUACUAAGCCACUUUAUACGUAAUGUGUGAUGGGCCUUAAGGUAUUAGUGAUGCUAUAAUGUAAUAUAAUUCAAUAUCAAGUGAUGAAACUCACCACGUUCGAAUAAUUUAGUUUUAUUUAGUUUUAAUCUUAUCUUUUUCUUUUACUAAUAAUUAUAGUUGAGAUUACUGUUUUUUGGCUAACAUUUCGUCCAUUUUGAAUAGAAAUAAUAUUUUGUAUAGUUAAAAUUUUCUGGACCAAUACAUUUAUAUUGUAUAAUCGAUUUAAGUAGCCAAUUGACUUAUUUAUUCUACUUCAUAUUUAGUUUAGUAUUACACUCGAAUUAUAAUUCGAGUAUUUCAUUUAGUCAUAUAGUCUUUUGCAAUAAGAAAAAAAAAAAAACAUUUUUGUACUUUGUCUCAGUAACUUAUUAUCUCUAUUAAUAUGUUUAAAUUGUUUGCAAUUGUCAUUUGUUACUAUGACAAAGUAUUAAAUGUUAAAGUACAUUUUAUUGCACUAGACUUGUCUAGUAUAUAAUAAAAAUGGGGUUUGGUAAUGGUAAACGCAUGUGGUGAGUUUUCACUAUGGCAAUGUGCCUAUAUCUUAGUUUGUAAGUGCAAUAAGUAUGUAAAUCUCUUAAUGUGAUCAUUUACGAAAGUCUAUUUAUGGAAUUAUGUAAGUAAUUUACCUUUUAUAUAAACGAUUUCGUAAAAAAAUCAACUGAUAAACAUGUAAUCGGUAAAACUCAAAAUAAAUGAAUUUCAAACGUG